AUGAAACCCAUCCUAGUGCUACUGCUUGUGCUCCUGGAACUGGCUGAGUCCCAAGGAGUUCUACACAGGGUGCCCCUCAGAAGGCAUCAGUCCCUCCGGAAGAAACUACGGGCUCAAGGCCAACUCUCAGACUUCUGGAAAUCCCAGAACUUGGACAUGAUCCAAUUCAGUGAGUCCUGUGAAAUGGAUCAGAGCACCAACGAGCCCCUCAUCAAUUACCUGGAUAUGGAAUACUUCGGGACUAUCUCCAUUGGCUCCCCACCACAGAACUUCACUGUCAUCUUUGACACUGGCUCCUCCAACCUCUGGGUCCCUUCUGUGUACUGCACCAGUCCUGCAUGCAAGUCACACCCAGUGUUCCACCCAUCCCAGUCCAGCACAUACAUGGAGGUAGGGAAUUAUUUCUCCAUCCAGUAUGGUACCGGGAGCCUCACAGGAAUAAUCGGAGCUGACCAAGUCUCUGUGGAAGGGCUGACUGUGGAUGGCCAGCAGUUUGGAGAAAGUGUCAAAGAGCCUGGCCAGACCUUUGUGAAUGCAGCAUUUGAUGGGAUUCUGGGCCUAGGAUACCCCUCCUUGGCUGCUGGAGGGGUAACCCCGGUGUUUGACAACAUGAUGGCCCAGAACCUUGUGGAUCUGCCUAUAUUUUCUGUCUACUUGAGCAGUGAUCCGCAAGGUGGCUCAGGCAGUGAGCUGACUUUUGGAGGCUACGACCCCUCUCAUUUCUCUGGGAGCCUUAGUUGGAUCCCAGUCACCAAGCAAGGCUACUGGCAGAUUGCCCUGGAUGGAAUCCAGGUAGGAGACACUGUGAUGUUCUGCUCUGAGGGCUGCCAGGCCAUUGUGGACACAGGGACCUCCCUCAUCACUGGCCCUCCUGACAAGAUCAAACAGCUUCAAGAGGCCAUUGGGGCCACACCCAUGGAUGGAGAAUAUGCUGUGGAUUGUGCUGCCCUUAACGUGAUGCCAAAUGUCGCCUUCCUUAUCAACGGGGUUUCAUACACCCUCAGCCCAACUGCCUACAUCCUGCCGGACUUAGUGGAUGGAAUGCAGUUCUGCGGCAGUGGUUUUCAAGGACUUGACAUUCAUCCUCCAGCUGGGCCCCUCUGGAUCCUGGGAGAUGUCUUCAUUCGACAGUUUUACUCAGUCUUUGAUCGUGGAAAUAACCAAGUGGGAUUGGCCCCUGCAGUCCCCUAA